AUGGCGCAGUCGAGGAAAGCUGGUCAAUGCUGUCCUGUUAUGAAGCAAAAAAGAGUGAGCCAGUACUAUGUGCGUGAAGAGGCUGUUGAUAAUGAAAGAAUCAUGAAGUUGGAAACCCGUUUAGGAGAGAUGGAGAAAUCUUUUGCUUGGAUGAAGAAGAAGUUAUUACGGCGCAAGAGGAAUGGAGUUACGCCCAAGAAGGGUGUGUUAUACAGUGGAGAAUCCAAGAAGAAAAAGAAGAAGAAGAUUGUGCAGAUGCCACCGGUUAGUAGUUUUCCUGUUGGUAACAAUGAAGUGUUUGAUGACGAUUUCGUUGGUAAGAGCUCAUCAGAUGGCGGAAGGGAUGUUGGAGAAGCCGGUGAUAACAGUGAUAUUCCAGGCGAUGGGAAGCUGGUGCCAGGCAGUGGUGUUUCGGAGGUAGAUGUUGAGGCUGUGGAGGACUUUAGAGAUGCUAAGAGUGAUGGUGAUAGUUUGCUGGGAGAACCGGAAGCUGAUGAUAAUGGUGAGUCAAAUGAGAUGGAGGGUUUGGAAUUAGACGAUGAUGAUAGUUACUCUGAGCAACCUGAAGAAAUGCUUGUACCGUUGAAAGAAGGAGAUGGUGUACCGCUGCAGUGGGUGGAGAAAAGUUUGAAGGGUCACGGUGGAGCUGUACUCUAUAGAGCCACAACAAGCAAAACGUUUUAUGUAACUGAGGAUGAUGGGAGUACAAGUGUUGGAGACGAGGUGAAGAAGUGUGGCAUUAGUAUAAAUGAAAAGGUCAGCAGUGGUGGGGAGGAGACUGCAAAUUCGUUAGUAUCAAAGAGCAUGGCGGAAGAGAGUGAAGUGAACAUGGAUUUGGGUGGGCUGAACAAAUUGGUGGGUGCACUUGUUAAGGAGCAUGGGAGUAAGUUUGGGGAAUUUAAGGGUGGCCAAGGGAUUGGGCAUGUUAGCGAGCUGACGGGUGAAGCGGCUAAUGAAGAUGUUGAGGCUGAUGUAGCUGAUAGGGCUGGUGCGGAGGUUGAAGAACAGGAGUUGGAUGGAAAAGUAGCUCAGUCCACACCACGCCCCUCUGAUAGGAGUGCUGUGGAGGGUGAAGGUGUGGGGUCUGAUAAGGUUGAUGCAUCCUUUUCUGGGGAGGUGAGGACUGUUGAUGAGUCGCAUAUAAGUGGGAAAGAAAUGGUUACCUAUGUGAGUGACUCAUCCCCGUGUCCAAGGAGCAAGAAGCACAGGCCAAUCGAGUCAGAAGCAGACUUGGCGGCUUUGUUAUUGGCGAAAGCCCCAUAUAGCUUAGAACAGAUUGUUCCAGCUGAGGAGGAUGUUGAUUUUUGCUAUUUCAAGCAGGUGUUGCUAGCAAACCCGAAAGUGUUGCAUUUGGGGGCAGGCAAAUAUGAUUUGGAUAAUGAAUUUUUCCUGGAGUUGGCAACACCGAGAAAAUGGGUGUCAAGCAAGGUAUGGUAUAGGUAG